CUGCGUCACUGUUACCAGAUACUGCACGGGUUGGUUACGGAGAUAGGCCUGCACGCGCAACAAGGACAACAUUGAGCUUUGACCAUGGUGAAAGUAACAUUUAACUCGUCCUUAGGACAAAAGGAUCUGAAAAAACCUUGCGCUGAUGAAGCGCUUAUUCCUACUGAAAGGGACCUGGAGGAGGCUCGCCCGGUGAGGCACCAGUCCAGAGCCUGGUGCUGGUGUAUGCGUCUGGGUCUGGCUGUCAUGCUGUCAGGAGUGGUCAUCGUAGGAGCUUACCUCUACAAGUCCUACAUAAUGAGGGAUGUGUUCUUCUGUGGCGUGGACUACAGAGCGGAGGACUACAUGGUCCAGGAGGACGAGGGGCAGGAGGGGCUCCCGUCCCAGCUGCGCCACAUCCAGGAGAGGAUCCGCGUGCUGGAGGACCAGGAGGUGGAGCUCAUCAGCGUGCCCGUGCCCGACUUCUCCGACAGCGACCCCGCGGACAUCGUCCAUGACUUCCACAGGAGGCUGACAGCCUACCUGGACCUGAGUCUGAACAAGUGCUAUGUCAUUCCCCUCAACACCUCCAUUGUCAUGCCUCCUAAAGACUUCCUGGAACUGCUGGUCAACAUCAAGGCUGGAACAUACCUGCCUCAGUCCUACCUGGUCCACGAGCAGAUGAUCGUGACCGAGCGUCUGGACAACAUGGAGGAGCUUGGCUUCUUCAUCAACUCCCUCUGCCGAGGAAGAGAUACCUACAGACUGGAGCGCAGAGAGACCAUCUCUGGUAUCCAAAAGCGCGAAGCUCUGAACUGCCACAAGAUCCGCCACUUCGAGAACAAGUUUGUGGUGGAGACUGAGAUCUGUGAAGCUUAAGAUGUGAGGGAAGGUUGGACGGAUAGACGGACAUCUUCCUGUCCAGCCAUGUAUAGUUCCUGUUCCUCCUGCCAUCAUCAUAGAUCCUUUACUGCUUACAGUGAGGCUAAUUCCAGGCAAUAACUGUGUAAGGGUAGGUAUAAAGCAGUUUUCUUUUUCACUGUGUAAAAACACUUUAUGGGGAAACUUUUCUUAAAGGCGUAGUUCACAAAGAGCAUACCACAGCUUGGUGUAAGAGGAAUUAUACUGUAAUGUGUAUUUUAGUGAACUAUCUAUUUGGAGGUGUAAGGAGUUAUGUGUUAAGCUUUUUGAUUGUGGGGUGUCUUUUUUGUAUAUCUACUCUGGGGUGAAAUGUUACAGAACCCCGACAACAAGUCACAACUAUGACACUGGUUUAAAGGGGUCUGACUAGUUUUGAUGUAUUCCUAUUGAGGUCCUGCAGUUCUAGUAUAGAUGUUAACUUUUUGUAUCUGCUGAUGUUUCCUGUGUACUGCAAGACGUCUCCCAUCGCACGGCUGCUCUGGACAUCAGAGCGUCCAGCACUAAUGUGUAUAUAGCCUGUAUGUAAAAAAAAAACGAAAAAAAGAUUAACACACCAAUAAAUCUUAAUCAUUUUA